CAUCACUAGUUGGGAUGCGCCAUGCCGACCACCCGCUUUGGCGCAACGCCGUCCGGUCCAUCGCGCGCGCGGGGACCAGCUAUGUGCCUCCAAAGCGCGACUACGUGGGUGGUGCCGGCUUGCAGCUAUGCCGCAAGCGGAUUGACGAGGGAUUGACGGGCGUCAUGUCGAGCUGGAAGCGCCACGGCGUGACGAUUGCCAGCGACAUGAUGACCGACAAGUGUGGCAGGCCGCAGGCGAAUGUGAUGCUGGUCAAUGACACCGGCGCAGUGUUCGUCGAGAGUAUUGACUGCAAGAUGGAGAAAAAGACCGGGGGAUACAUCGCCCGGCUCCUCCGGCCCAUCCUGCAAAAGGUUGGGGUCGAGAACAUCGUGGCAUUCUGCACCGAUGGCGGCAGCAACUACCACAGCGCCUGCCGGCUCCUCAUUGCAGAGAAUCCGCGCAUCGAGCAUGUGCCGUGUGCGACGCACGUGCUCGACCUCCUUAUGGAGGAUGUGGGACGGCAGGCUUGGGCCAAGGAGGUAGUGGGGCGGGCGAGCGAGCUCAUCAACUACACCCGCAGCCACCAUUGGACCCGACAGUAUCUCAGGGGUGUGGACGGAGGGAAGGGGCUGCAGAUGCUGAGGCCGGCGGGGACCAGGUUUGGGACGCAGCACAUUGCUGUGUCCCGCCUGGUGGAGUUGCGGUCAACGCUGGUGACCAUGGUGCUCUGCGAUGCAUGGAAGGCGGAGUGGGCGGUGGGCCCAAAGAAGGCAGCUGCAGAGACAUUCCACGACCAGAUCAUGGAUAAGGACUGGUGGCCAGCGGCUGAGCUCUUCAAGAGGCUGCUCCUGCUCCCGUUCAAGGCCAUGAGGGCGACGGAUUCGGCAACGAAAGGGAUGAUGGGCCGCAUCUAUGAGCUGAUGCUUGAGCUCACUGCCAUCAGUGACCGGAAGUUGGUGAAGGAAGGAAGUUAUUCCAUGGAGGCGUGGUGGGAGUGGCACGGCACUGACCACCCCUUGCUCAUGGCCCUUGCUUGCCGAGUGCUAACUCAGCCGGUGUCUGCAUCCAGCUGCGAGCGCAACUGGGCGGUGUGGGAUACUGUCCACACCGCCCGACGCAACCGGCUGGGUUCAGAAAAGUGCAAGGAUCUGGUUUACGUUGCGCACAACUGGAAGGUUGUGCACAACUGGCACAUGGCCGACGAGGGGGCGGGGGUGGUGUCCGCGUAUAUACGCUAGCGUAUAAUACGCUUGCGUAUAU